AUGCCAUCCUCAGAUGUCCGUCAGCGCGCAGGGUGCGUAUUGCUUGCCAACCCAGCUUGCCAGCACCCAAUCCGGCAGACAAGUCCUGGACCGUUUGCGGUACAAAAAGGUCAAAGGUUCCCUUUCCCCCGCCGUCCGCCAGCCUGCGGCUCGGCUUUACGUUCAUUCUGCUUUACUCUGCGUGACGCCGUGCUCCAUAACACUCCAAGCUCCACACGUCAACGGCUCGAAAUCACAUCCGGAGGGGAUCACAAUAUAGAUAAGUCUUUCGGGAAACGAAACCUUUACUUCUCAACAUUUUUUGUCUUCUUCAUAAAUCCUACCAUGGCCCCUUUUUCCAGGGCACGAUCAUUUCAUUUGCAGCAGAGGUAUCGCCGAGAGCAAGAAAAAGGAACAAACGCAACGGGAAAACAAAAACCUUCAACAAAUCAUAUCCUAACACUCCAGCCCCCAUCCAGGCAGAUGGCUCGUCCGGCACAUCUUGUUUGAAUCUUGUUUGAGAUUCCGGUGCACAACUCAAGCAGCUUGGUAUGGUAUCGAUAUCGAGACUGCGCCAAACCAAUGAAAACAAAAUUGCUCAUCACUCCUUUCUCGUACCGUACACUUCUCCCACUC